AUGUCAUCAGUCCUCAAUCAUGCCCGAAGCCUUUCGGGAACACCACGGCGGAGAGCAUGUCUGCUCAUUAACAGUCGUUUAGAUAAGCAAAACCAAUGUGGGGUUAAGCCUGCAGUAUCUCCGCGCAAUUGGCUCCCAUCUGGCUUAAGGUCAGGCAGUCUUCGCUUCUUUCAAUCCGCCUCGCUCUUCAACGUACCCGCUUCGCUUCCAAUCGACAUUCAACCGCCCCAAGAAAAUAAUAACGACCAGCGAACUCCAGCCGUCGACCCACAUGCAAUUGUAUCUCUGACCUCGAAGCUACCUUCUGAAAACGAGAAGGCAAAGCUCGUUACUGCCAGCGCCAAUGCCAGAAUCAAACCGAAACCCGCUGAAUACCUAUCCAAAGCCCUACGAAAUAGUGGACAUGCACUUGGGCAUGAAGAUAAAUUGACAGAAAUUGAUCGCCCUUGUCCUCGACAUGUCACCAAUCGAGUCAAGCCAAGAACAAUUGGUCGGCCAAAAAAGCCAUCAUUGGCCGUCAUACUCGGGGAAUAUAUUCGCGAGGUCGAUCCUGUGGUCUCGCAGCUCUCUGCGCAUGCAGGGGAAGACUUGGAUACUGCUCUCAAAUGUGUCUUCAGGGACACAAACAAUGAAUAUCUAACCUCACGCGGUUACAGCCCCACCGACGUCACUUCGUGGGCUUGGAUUUUGACAAGUCGGAAUCCACACGAAGCAGCAGUAAGGUUAUUCAUGUUGGAAGCCGACACGACCAAGCCCGGUGCAAAAGGCCCGACUAUGCCUCCAUUUAUUCUCCUCCAUCUUCUGCGACAACAGAGCAUUGAUGCCCACACUUUCCGUUUGCUUCUGAUACAUUCUUUGCAUCUGAUGAGUGGUCAACCGCUUCCUCCUCACGACUAUCUUGCCGAGGCUGUGGAAAGCAAUGUCAAUCUGCCUUCAACUAAUUCCCACCCUAGCAUAGAUUCUGGGACUUGCAUGAUUUUGGUUACGCGCUUGAUCCGUCAUGCUUUACGUGUGUGGCCACAGGCCCUUCUCACGAUUUCGCGUGCAUUCGCUCAAUAUCUCACCACUCCCAGGGAGAAUGCGGCUCAAAGGACGACAAUGCAACAGCGACACGAUGAGCGCGUUAAAACCGACAAAUUUAACAAGUGCUUAUGGCUGCUUUCUCUUCCAGCGAAGGUCGCGCCGUACCGCUCCACCCCUAUCCAACAACAAGCUCAGUUCGAGCUUCUUAGAGCUAUGGCUACCUACAAACCUGUUCUUCCCGUCACGCGGCAAGGCUAUCGUGCGAUUGUUGCAGUUCAACUAGCCCACAAGAAAACAUCCGAGGAGCGGCAAUCUGCGGAGUUGAAAGCCCCAUCAUGGCCCCCUUGGAAAGAAGAGAAACUUGGAAUUGACUCUUUACGUGGCAAUGAUGGAAUGUACAGCCGUGCUAUGCAGGUCCUUUCUCAGAUGGCAGAUGCUGGCUACUCCCGUCGUCUUUGGGAGGAUAUUUCUUCUAUUCUGGCAGGCUGGGACACGGACCAUAGCCCGACAGUCCAGACAAGAGCCAUGAUGCGAUGUCCACAGGCCUUACCGGAUACUCAUACAUCCAAGCGAAACCACCAUGAAAUUUGGGUUGCGCGGAUUCGUUCUACGAGGACUAUCCGUGAAGCCUGGGCCUGCUUCCUCUCCUACGAGGACCAUGGCCUCCCCCCUAAGAAAGCAAUCUUUGCAGCAAUGGCCGAAAAACUGAUAUACCGGAGAAUUGCAAUCGAGCACAGGAUUGAUUCCACCAGCCCAGCUCUUCCUGGUGAUGGCCGCGAGGUUCACGCUGAACCGGCCUCAGCGCGUGAUAUCAUUUAUGUCUCCAAGGAGCCACCAACUCUGGAUGAGUUUCUUGAUCAGAUGCUUGCACAGGGGUUCCGGCCUUCGGGUCGAUUAUUGGGCUUGCUUCUUCAGUCAGCAUCCUCUGUGCAUGCAGGGCUACAGUACCUUCUCUACAGUGACCUGACCAGUGCUCAAAUUGCGACGCUGACAGUUGUGCAAGCUGAGGCACAAGACUAUCGCUCAAUCGAUCUGCCAUCUUUUCAAGCAGUGCCUGAUCUGGUGUUUGCGUCAUUCAUAAAGUUACUUUGUGCCCAUUCCAACACUGGCUCCUCAUCAGCCCAACAUGGAAACAUACCCACAGCGGCCCGCUUUCCCAUUCUUAUGGAUGGUGGGUAUUCAAGGGAAGCAAAGGUUGAUCUCGUGUCAUAUGCCGAAAAUCAUCCAGGCAAUUAUCGCUAUCCGCGAACAUUGUGGCAUGCAGUUCAACUGACAAGAAUGAGACGCAGCCCCUAUCCACCGGCUUGGAAGCACAUCUUGUCUUUCAUGGCCCGUGGACGCUUCGGUGGCUCUUACGGACCAAGAGGUCGAAGCCUGCAGCGUAUUCUCGCCUGGCACCAGAGUCUCAAGCUCGUGAACUGGAUGCAGGAACGUGACAUUGAACUCGGUGAAGAUGGCUUUCAAACCCUUUGUGUGGCAUUCACCAAAGCCAUUGAUGCUGGGCUCAGGCACCCGGGCACUGCGGAACAAAGUUUCCUUCUAAUUAACAAGGCCCGUCUUCGUCGUCUUCAGCCUACAGAGGAAGGCGACAAUGAUUUCGAUGCCUUCCUGCAGCACGCCCUCGAAGUGUUGAAGGGCCAGUUCGACUAUCUUGUUCUCCCGACUUCCAAAACCUCGGAGCAGGCGGAGCGCAGUAUCUUCGCUGCAGCUCAUGAGCCCAACACACAACCCACCGUCCCAUCGAUGCUCCAUACGCCAUCGCCUGCUACUCUCCAUGCAUUUGUUCGAGCAUUGGGCUUUGUAGGGGAUGACGAUGGGCUGUUGCAUUUAUUGCAAUGGAUGAGCCAGUCAGCCGAUCUGCUUCGCGAAGCUGCGGAUGAACACAUCAAUGGAGGCAAGAUGAUGCACCGGACCCUUGUGGCGAUCAGGGUGUUCUUGGAGCGACGACAAGAACAGACCGUCGACAGUCGGGUACCGUCGGACGUGGUGCAGGAGGCAUACGACCUUGUCAGGCGGACAGGCUGGGACUGGCCAAGUGAUGCAGAGGUGGAGGAAUAUUGUCGAUGA